AUGGUAACAAUCGGUGAAGGAAGCGGUUCCUCAAAUUCAAACGCCUCAUCGUCUGCUUCCUCUCAUCAAGCCCCCAAGAUCUUAUUAUCCAAGCCAGCUCUAGUCACUGCCGCCAAGUACAACCGCGGACCUGGUGGCGGUGGAGGCGACGGUGGUCCCGAUGACGCUUCAUCGUCACUCCACUCCUGCCUUCCCUCCGUUGGCUUUCUAAAUCUGUUAUCCAACUCCUGGGAUUUCCACACUGAUCGCUUCCUUCCGUUUUUGACGGACAAUACCGAUUUUACGGUGAUCGGAGUGAUUGGUCCGCCGGGGGUUGGCAAGUCUACUAUCGUGAUUGAGAUUUAUGGCUUUGAUGCAACUUCUCCUAGUAGCCUAGCAUUCAUUCCUUUCUUCAUCUAAAAGAGCCCAACAUCAACCGAAGUUGUUGCCAUCUCCAACCCAACCUCUAUUCUUCCUUCUAUUUUUGAUGACAAACUGACCCAAUCAGUGCCAUGGCCAAUUGAAGAAACCCCCGAUCCUAAGCAGGCCCUGUCGGCACAGUUCACCGAAGAAGAAGGAGCAGUGGCCCUCACCAUUUCUCCUCCCUGCCUUCAAUUUAUCUAA